GUCUGCACCAGGCCCCAGCUGCUCCUCUGUCUGGAAGGAGCAAGACGAUUUUGUUGCUGAGAUGCACGGAGCCCCCCGGCUGACCUUUCCCUGUGCCAGUGAGUACCUGUGGCAUGCAAGGGAGAAAGCCUAUCAGGACCACAGGAGAAAGGUCCAGAGCGCCCAGCCGCUGGUAGACACCCGCGCCCCGCUGACGUUCCGCCAUCUCCACCUGAAACUCAAGAGGCUGAAGCUGGAGGAGGAACGGCUCUCCGUCAUCCAGAGGGACAACCGCCUGCUCCUGGAGAAGGUGGCCUCUGUCAUGAGGACCAGGGGACAGACUGACAGCAAAAACAACUCCAAGCACAGGAGGUAA